ACACACACACACACACACACACACACAAAGCAGCAGUAAAGGCUAUGGUGGGAGAAGACGCACGCGGACCUCCGGCGAGCUAAUUUCCACUGUGAUUGACCUGCAGCGGUGUAUCUGGUUGGGAGAAGAUGUCUGUGAACGAGAUGUAUGUGUUCCGGCCCUUCAAGCUGAUCGCUCUGCUGUGCGUCUUCCUGGCGCUGUGUUUGGACGUGGUGGCUCUGCUGAGCCCAGCCUGGGUCACUGCGGAGCAUUUCUCCCUGUCUCUGUGGGAGUCCUGCUCCCAGUCCGAGGCACGGCAUCCGACAGAGGAGGCUCAGUGGAGCUGCUUCUCCACCCUCACAUCUGACUGGCAGAUUGCCACCCUGGUGCUGCUGGUGGCCGGUGCCGUGGCGACUCUCUUGGCCUUUCUGGUGGCCCUGAUUUCCCUCUGCCGGGGGACACAGAGACGGCACUACCGCACUGUGGCUGUGCUCCUCUUCACUGCAGUGGUUCUGCAGGCCUGUGCUCUGGUCCUCUACCCGAUCAAGUUCAUCGACGGUACGGUCCUUCAGACCUAUCACGAGUUCAACUGGGGCUACGGGCUCGGCUGGGGAGCCACCAUCUUCAUGUUGGGCGGAGGGAUCCUAUUCUGCCUGCGGACGGACAUAUACGAGGAUGCAAUGUACUGAGUCCUUUCCUAAACCCCCCGCCACUGGAAAUACACACAUAAACAUACACACACCGAAUUCCCAUACAGGAGGUGUGCUACUUUUCCUCACUCACAGCACACAGCUAAUGUGUAUUAGAGCACAGACCCAGUCUCUCUUUUUCUCUUGCUGUCUUCCGCUCUCUGUUAUUUUUAGACAGGUUGUGGGGGCUGUAUGAAUAGCACCCCCACCACACCUAUUUCCAUGUAGCCAGCGGGUGCCUCAGCCUUGCCGGUAUCAGGGAUGAGGUGGCAAAGUUAAAGCACAGAGAUGUUUCUGGACAGGCAUGAGCCACCGAUGCUGGACGUUUCCACCGCUCGUUGACCUGGAUCUCUAUUGUUAGGGAACAGGACAGUAAAUUCUCAGCACAGACCUGAAUGUGCAGUGACUGAGCAUUUAAAAGGAUUGACUUAUCUCCACAUUUCCUUUUUAGUUUCUUUUCCUUUUUGUAGCAUUUCAUGAGGACAAGUUUGUUGUUAAUGUAUUUAUGGCAUACACUUUAUAAAUAUUGAAAAAAAACCUGAACUUUCCCCUCCGUGUAUUCUAGCUGAAACAUAUCUAGAAAUGCUGAGCCUUCUGAUGUUAGAAGUAUAAAUUAGAUAGCUUGGAUAUAUAUGCUAGAGCUCUCCAGUGUUUAUAGUUUGUUUGCAAACUCACACUUUGUCUCAAAUGAAAAAAUGUAAAUGUGUACAAAGUAUUUCUACAUGAAGGAAAAUCCAGAAUAAACAAUUGUAGUUUUGGGAG